AGGUCCGCGCCAUGGAGCAGCGGCUGUGCGAGUGGCCGGCGGGCACAGAUGGUGCGCCUAGAGCCAUCACGCGACUCGAGGGCCAAAUAGAAGAACAGAAACAGCUAAGACUCCAGGACGCGAAGCAGGUGGAAGCGAAAGCGGCCCGCAUCAAAGAGUGGGUGACGAAUAAGCUGCGAGAGCUGGAGCAGCAGAACCAGCUGCUGCGGGAACAAAACGACCGCUGCAACCAGCAGCUGGAGUUACUCCGGAACCAUAUAGCCGCUCAGGGCAGCAGAAACUGUGCUGUUAGUGCUUUCCUACCGACCAGAGCGAGCCUCUCCCUUGAAGUGAGGACUGAAGAAGGCUCUCCUCGCUCAGCGACCAGCCUCUUGGCCACAAACCGGAGGCGGUCGGAGAGCCUUGAGGGGCCACAGCUACCCAUAACCUCAUCGGAGCCGCACUACAGCACACCAGUGCGGCAUCGGAGGAACCUGUCCAUUGGUACUACGAACUUGGCAACCACCAGUCAAGCACAAACGCUCACCACGAUGAAUAGGACAAUGGAUGAGAGGACGACUGCAAGUCUUCUAGCCGACGACUUAGCGACGGCUGUUGAGAACCUGGUGGUGCUACCAACUACACCAAAUACGUCGACCGAUGGCGACACGACGCAUGACUAUGCUGAAAUUUACACACCAAGUAGAGAACGAACGCCAGCGUGGCAAGGCACUGUCAACGUCGUAGUCCAGGGAGGGAACAGUAGAGGGGGCUCGUCGACUGGAGACAGCUCCACGUCGGAACAACCGAGACCACCCACGCCUCCCCUACACAGGUUCCCCAGCUGGGAAGCCAAAAUAUAUCAGGUCGCAGACGACGGUCUACAACAGUCGGUGGAAGGUGAACUGAGUCCUCCCCCGUGUCCAAGGCCCGUACACGAGUCCACCAGCUAUCAGGAUAUCUCCGUCCCUGUCUACGCCACUGUUAAAGGGCGCGCUAGUCAAAUAAGGUCAAUGCCGUUCACAGGAGACUCAUCAGAUGAUUCUUCCGACGGCGAAGAGUCCAUGGGUGUCACCGCACAUAACACUCCACACCACAACCCGGUAUAUGGCGCUCAGACAUCUAACCAAAUGCCGAUGCCGAUCAACAACGUGAAUCUAACGAGCGUCCUGCCAGCGUCCAUACAACAGACGUCGAACCACGCGUUAGUGCUGACAAACAGUGCCAACGGACAAUGCAGUUCUUCUGACACGAGUUUGAGUGCCAGCAGUCCUUCGAAGAGUGUCAAAACGAGCUCCAGUUUGAGCCCAGCGAAGAGAUCCAGCAGUGGAUCGCCUAGUAAACAGAGCAAGACUAGAGAUACAUCGUUCGAGUCAGGCAUGUCAGAUGACUACGCGAUCCCUCCAGACGCGGUGUCUUGCGACAGUAUGGCGUCGCCUUCGCUGGCGUCGUUGUGUCGAGCUCCCCCUACUACGGAAUCGCCUCGACGACAUGAUGCUUUGGAAAAGAGUGGACACCUAGCCAAACUGGGUGGAAAACUCAAGACUUGGAGGAAGAGAUGGUUCGUCCUCAAAAACGGUACACUUUCAUACUGGAAGUCUCAGUCGGAAGUAAAUAGGAAACCUCAAGGCCAGAUAGGUCUGGGCGAAGCUUGCAAGAUAUCCAGAAACGAAGGGGCGGCCACCUUCGAAAUCUUUACCGGGAGUCGAACUUACUACCUCACGGCUGACAGCAUCGCGACAAUGGAGGAUUGGAUAAGGGUGCUACAGAAUGUCCAAAGGCGGAACGCUACGAAACUGUUGCUAAGCAAAGAGGACAACAAACCGACGAUCCAGGGAUGGCUUACCAAAGUGAAGAAUGGGCACGCGAAGAAGAGCUGGUGCGUCCUUAUUGGGAAAAUGUUCCUCUACUUCAAGUCUCCUGGAGAUCAGAAUCCAACCGGCCAAAUUAACAUGCGCGAUGCCCGCGUAGAAGACGUAGAACACGUCUCAGAUUCCGACUCGGAAGAGAAGAAUGAUGACACCAGCAAACAUCUCACUGUCGCCAUCUAUCCGCAGCACCAGGUAACUGGGGGUCCAACAUACCUUCUAUUCGAAAGUAAAGCCGACAAAGACUCUUGGUUGUACCACCUCACCGUAGUCAGCGGUGGGGGCCUCAGCCAAGGAACGCACUUUGAACAAUUAGUUCAAAAACUCAUGGAGACGGAUGGAGAAGCAAAUUGUGUACUAUGGAGGCAUCCCACAUUACUGUAUUCAAAAGAGAACAUAACUUCGCCCCUAACUUCCCUCAACUCAGAGGCGCUGCAGGCAGAAGCGUUAAAACUAUUCAAGUGCGUCCAGCUAUUCAUGUCCGUGUGCGUGGAGCAAGCCGGCAUAGACUACCACGUGGUGUUGGCUCAGAACGCUCUGCAGCAGUGCCUGGAAGUGGGGGAGCUUCAGGACGAGUUGGCCGCAGCAUUGGCCAAGCAGACGGCGCCCGUCACACACUCCAAGCACGGCGUGCAGGUAACCCCGCGCCUUGCCAGGCCGAGCGCUGCCAAGCUUAAGAAUCAACUGCUACUGUGCGCGACUCAGUCGCUGUUCACUUGUGACACUGGAGCGUCGUCGGUGGGCGGUGACAACAAGAGCGGCGACGUACAACCUAACGCGGCGGGCUCACCGAGCUCGAUACAGGCGCCUCUUCUCUCGGUGGACUGCAAGAGUAACCCACCGACUUACAGUUUCGUCCAGGGUUGGCAGCUCCUAGCAUUGGCUGUGAGCCUCUUUGUACCGAGAAACAAUAGGUUGCUGUGGUACUUGAAGCUGCAUCUUAGUAGGCAUUCGGAUUCCAAAACUGAAUGUGGCAAAUACGCAGCAUAUUGCGCGCGGGCAUUGGAACGAACGAUUCGUAAUGGCGGUAGGGAGGACAAGCCGUCCCGCAUGGAAGUGCUAUCCAUUUUGCUCAAGAACCCGUACCACCACUGCCUGCCUCACGCGAUACCCGUACACAUGCUUAAUAAUACGUACCAGGUGAUAAGUUUCGACGGAUCAACGACAGUGGAGGAAUUCUUAUCGACACUUAGUACAGAGCUAGGAUGCAGGGAAUCUGCGGUUUCUGGUUUCGCACUGUUCAGUGACGACCCCAUAGAAAAAGAUUUAGAACAUCACAUAAAGCCGGACAAAAAGCUAUGUGAUGUAAUAUCGAAAUGGGAGACUGCGUUAAGAGAGAAGGGUUCUGGAAAGUUCGAAAACUCUCGUGUGAUCAGACUGACUUAUAGAAAUAGAUUGUACUUCAAGAACUCCGUACGAACAGAGACUGACAAAGAAAGAUUGCUGCUUUGCUACCAAGUCAAUCAACAAGUGGUGGCGGGUCGUUUUCCCGUAACGCGCGAAUUGGCAGCCGAGUUGGGAGCUCUGAUGGCACAACUGGAUAUGGGCGAUUAUUCUUCGGCCAACUCGCAGCACAACCAACCGUUGGCCCACAGAUUCUACCCAUACCGAUAUAGAGCUGGAUUGAGUAACGACGAAUUGAGAGACGUAGAGGAGAAGCUGCGAUCUAAAUGGAUAGCGCUGAAAGGGCGAAGUACGGCGGAUUGCGUGCGGAUAUACUUGAAUUGUACCAGGAAGUGGCCUUUCUUCGGUGCAACGUUGUUCCAGGCUAGGAUAAAACAGCCAGACUUGUCUAUGGUGUGGCUAGCGGUAUCAGAGGACGGCGUGACGGUGCUAGAACUGGCGUCUAUGGCUGUGAUAGGCCGAUACGCGCUCAACUCCAUAGGACUGUUCGGUGGACUACAGGAUGAUUUGAUGAUGCUGAUAGACGCCGAAGACGCAGCCAGUCCGGUGCACAAGAUGUUGAUCAGUCUCAACAAGCCAAAAAUGGCAGAGCUAACACAUCUAAUAGCGGACUACAAAAAUGCCUUACAACGAUCAGGGGGUGGAGGCACUCCCCAAAUGAACUCCUUAACUAGGCACGGUUCACACCGAUCCAUACGAAAACCCAUCCCACACUCGAGCCCCAGUACAUUACCCCACGCCCACGCGCAUUCCCACGCCCAUACCCACGCCCACAAUACCCUGAACUCCCACGCCACAACCAUGACUUUGGGCUCCGAUCGAAACGCGACCUUAACAUUAAGCUCACACACAUCAACUUUCAACCAACACGUCGAAGCCCGAGUUCUAUCCCACGGUCAACCAGACAUACUCAAAUCCACCCCAGACCAUCACAGAAGCGACAAAAAGCGAAGUCACACUCAAGACAGCGGCGUCGCGUGAUCCCCGUACAAGGGAAAAUAAACUCUAUCGCGUCGUAUGAACGUUUAAAAGGGUGUUUACUUCCCGAUUACCUCAUAUUUUGUAGCUACAUUCAGCGCGACUCGUAUCGUCGUGUCAUCGGUCCGUAGUUUACGAUUUCUCGGUAGGUGAGUACGAAUGCUGUUUUUUGGUUUUAGGUUUUUUGUGCGAAUGGGUUUUUUACGAAUGUUUCUGAGCAGUUUUUAAUGCCAAUUUAACAGUAGCUAUAUGUGCAGGGUAUAAUGAAUGCUAUGUUAUGUACGUAGAAAACGAUAGUCAUACCAUGAUUAAUAGGAUUUUUUUGAAAACUGUGUCUUUCUUUUUUAUUAAUUUAUAUUAAUUAUCUUGUAUUGUAAAUGCAACUAAACCAUAGUUGUAUUAUAGGAAACGACAUUACAGGAUAACUAAAGCUUAUUGAACCGGUAUAAGUAAUUUAUAAUGAUAUCUCUGAUUUUUACUGAACAUUGUCUUUAAUUUAUUUAUUGUAUUUAAGUAUAAUAUUAAAUGUCAUCAGAAAACGUAAAACAGACAGCGACUCUUCUAGGUGGGUUAUAUAAAAUAAAACUGUAAAGUUCUUCCAUUCGAUAUUCAUUUACAACCUUCAAAGUUUGCUUCAAAGUAUAAAGAACAAGAAAAUUCGAAAACUGAGGUUGUAUUUACAAUAUUAUCAUAAAAUACCCAGUGAAUAUAGAUUUUAAUAAAAAUUCACUGGCUUUAGAUUUUGUACUGCUUCUAUUGAUAUAUUUUAAAGUUCGUAAAUAAGUUGACAAUCUUCAUUUGUUAAGAGAAAUUAAGCCAUAGAUAAUGAUAAUUACAACCUAUUUUUAGGAAGGCCACAAUGGCCCAUAGCGUCGUAUCAUCACAUACUAUGUAAAAAGUAGUCACACUUAAACAUCACUUUAAAAAAAAUAUACUUACUUACCUACUUACUAAAAAGAUGUGCAAUCAAUAAGUAUACACAAAUCAAAAACUUUCAUAAUAUAUUGUGAGCUUUAUUUCAAAGACAGUAAAGUUAAAAAUCGAGUAGGUAAUCUGACGUGCAAUGUUUUAUGCACGUAAUAGUUUUAUCUGUUUAGCGAAACCUUUAGAUUGUUCUAUUUAAGAUGUUGGAUUGAAGAAAAUCAGAUACACAUUUCCCGAUUGAAUAAUGAAUAAGUAAUUGUGAUUUCAGCAUUAGUAUUACUUAGGUACCGAAUAUAUUCCAUAUAAAUAAUGAAUGACGCAAGGUGCUUGUUUAGAAGCUCACGUUUAAUCAUCGACUGGACAAACAAUUGUUAAAGUCUUUUCGACAUAGCAUGGGUAGUCUGGUUAUUGUCUGUUAAUUUUUUUCAAUUGCAAUAAAAUUCAUGUCAAGCUUUACAAUUGUGCUAAAAAGAACAUAACAUGUAUUGUAUAGGUACUAUUUUGUAACAUAAUGUUGAAUUAAAGCAACCAUACUAUGAAAAAGACUCUAAUGAUAUUACAUUUCUAAAAUGCCAUUUUAAACUAUGCGCCAAAAGAAUGUGCAUUUGACAGCUAAUUGAGUCUUAUUUUACUCAUAAUACGACUAAUAGAUAUUUAAAGUGAGACAGCGACAAAUAGGUCGGAAAGGAGUAAAAUUUGUGUCUUAUUUUAAGCUGAAAUUGUUUUGGACAUCAAGUGCUGACAGCUGUCAAAUAUACAUUGGACACCAUGUCAUAAUACACAAAGCUAUAAUGUUACACUACGCUGAAUUUAGCUUAGCGUGCAAUUUUCAGCGUAGUCUAAUACGAAUUGAUACGACCUUAUACAAUAAGAACUAUUGUAAAAUUACCAACGGUACCUUUAUCUUGUUAUGUCAUUAUAAUGUUCGUGUAUUGUGGGCUUUUUCAAACUUGGAAGCCUAUGACUGAUACUCAAAUUGAUAUUACGAUAUUCAACGAAUCUCUUGUACUUAUUUACAUUAAGAUUGGUGUCUAUAGGACUAUCAGUUUACAAAGUUAGUAUAAAGUGUAACGCUGACAAUGUUUACCUACAAUUAACCAAAUACUUGUACUGUUUUAUUUUGUGGGCAUUUUAUAUUCUUACUCAAAUAUAAAUAGGGAUAUUUUGUAUAUUUUUGCAUUUAUAAUUUAUGGGUUCCCUGACAGCUGUAGAUAUUAAUUAUACUUGAGACUAAAUGUUUACCUAAUAUAGGUCUUGAUGUACUUGAAGAAAUUUUUCGAUAGAGUAAAUAUUUUUUAAACAUUUCUAGUCCUGCCUUGGUACCGUAGGCAAGAUUUUUUUAUUAUUUAAAAGUAGAUUAGCUUUGAUAUUACCUGUCAAUUUUAUACGCUAUUACAAAGAUAUUGUUACCAGCUUAACAUUCUAUUGUUUUUGGUGUUUAAUAAUGAAGGAGGUACUCGUAAAUAAUUCAUUUGCAAGUAGGUGUAAAUAUCUUACCUGUAAUCUUAUUGAAAUCCUACGUUUUAUGAUCAUUUGUAAUACUAUUUUACUUACCCAAUUUGUAAAUAUAUUUGAUGCCGACGAUGUGAUUGUAACAAGCAAGAAAAGGAACUGCAAAUUAUUAGUAAUAAGUAGUUUAUAUAUUAAUCCCUAGGAACUCAUCCUUCAGUAAAAUGUAUAAUUUCGACCAAUUCGCUUCCAAAGCCAAAACUAUAGUGCAGACUGUGACUUUCAAUUAAAAACCCUAUUUGUAUAUAGGUAUAAGAUUUAUUUUUGACAAAAUCGUGAUUUUGUUUUUAAUUUUGUUGAAUUAGGGUUGGCAGUCCAUAAAAAAAUUGCCAUGAUUAGGUAUUUUUUUUUUAUUUUCUGGCAACUUUAGUAGUAAUGUUUGCUAAGACGGCAGGGUUUUUAACUGCAAGUCCGAAACAGGUGCACAGUCCGCUAUUUAGUACCUAAAUUAUACUGUGUAUAAGGAUGACAUUCGGAUUGCACUUUUUGCAUUACACAACUGUUGAUAUAAUUAUGUAUAGACUAUUAUAAUGUAUAUUUUACAUUCAAAUCAAUGAUAUAAUUGUUUUAUGAAAUGCCUAAAAGUAAUUUUGUGUUGUAAAGCGAUAAUAUAAUUUAUGUAAUUAAGUAUUUAAUUCCUUUUUAUCAUACUUUCUUUUUUGUAUUAUAAAUUGUAAUUUGGUGUCGAUAUUUUAAAGAUUACGAUUACUUUUGUUUACUGCGGCCUAAUGUGACCCUAAUGUGCGGAGGGCCUAGUUUCUGAAAUUUUGUAUUUUUUUUGAUUUACUAAAUUAUUUGUUUGACGAUGAUAAAAUAAACGUGUAUUACUGAAUUGAUGUCUUUUAUAUUAAAUAAUUUUGUUAUUACAUCGUUUUUAAAUUUACCGCGUUGUUAAAUUUACGUCAACUACGGACAACAAGUCUUUCACUUGUACACUCUAUAAAAUAGACAAAGAUGCACGGAAAACAGUUUCGAACACAAGACUGUCAAACUUAUGUCUGUCUAUUAUUAUGAUACUGUGUCUCUGACUUAUUAAUAAGCAUGUUUGAAAAGUUUAAGAUAUGUGCUAAUGUUAUGGACUUCAAUUUCGUUCAGAUAGCUACACAAGCAAACAUAGUUAUAUAAAACUAGCGGCUCGUCCCGGCUUCACACGGGUGUAUUAAAAUACUAUGGGAACAUAAUGAAUCAGCAUCCGAAAAAGAACAUUCAUGUUCAAUUAAUAUCCUAGAGUUUGAAAGUAGACGGACUGAGUUUCUUAUGUAAUUCUGUUCCACUUCCUUUUGGAAGCCUCGUAGGCAUGCCACGACAAACAAACAGACUCUUUACUCUUAACUUACGGAGCUCCGUGGAUCGUCCAAUGUACCUUUUGGAGAGGUUCCAGCCACGAUUUUGUUCGUGUAUCUACGGUAUUUAAUAUCGUUGGUUUUACACUAAAAUCACUUUCUAUUUUGUUAUUAAAUAGAUGAAAAUUGAAACGAAACAGAUUAAUCAUAUGUAAAAUUAAUUUA